AUGAAUUAUAUCGAGAGAUUAGAGUGUCCUCUCACGAUAUUAAUUUUUUAUGUUAAAAUUAUGAGCUUGGACGAGGCGAGCGCGAGUCCGACGGCCGGCGACGAGGCGACGGAGGCGGGCGCGGCGGGCGCGGCGGGCAGCGAGGCGAUGGUGAACGGCAAGGCGGGGCCGGCGGCGCUGGCCGCCAACGGCAAGGCGUCGAGCGGGAGGCUCCUGGAGUCGCUGGCGAACGGCGCGCCCCCGGCGGCGGCCCUCAAAGGCGCGGACGGCGGCGACGGUGGCGCCGCUUGCUGCUGGCGGCGGCGGCCCGCGCCGCUCGCCGUCGGCAGGUGA